AUGAAGAUCCAAAUCACUGGUGAAAACACAGAGGCAUUCGAAGUAGAAGUAGAAAGUGCUCAGUCAACUGUUGUUGAACUCAAAGCAAUAAUCGCUUCAAUCAAGGAAACAGAUUAUGAUGACAUGCAUCUCUUCUUAAACGACAAAGAACUCGAUGACGAGAAAACACUCGAAGAGAGCGGAAUUCAAGAAAAUACAUCUCUCAAAAUGGUCAAGAAGGCUUCAUCCGAUGAUAAAUGCUUUGGAGGUUUUCCAUUCGGAUUCUUCGAUCCAAAGAAGAUUCAGGAAAUGUUAGAUCAAGUCGAAAAAGAUCCAAAGUCAAUCUACCAGAUCAUCAACCAAUUUCCAAUGCUCGCUGCACAUCCACUGGUUCACCCAACAAUUCAGCAGUUCGUAGAUCAUCCAGAGACAUUCAAGCAAAUCAUUUGA